UCUUGUUAUGUUUGUUGCACAAUGGCAGCAAAAAUAUAUGAUACUUCUAAAUUGGGAAACUUUAAAUGGAUGUAUUUUAUUUUACAUGUUUUUUUUCAUCAAUCUUAGAUAGUGAAAAGUUUUGUAGGCUUAACACAAAAUGUUCCAAAAUAGGAAGCGCAAAGUUCUUUUUUGCGGCUAGCAUAACAAUUUUAAAAUUUUGUUAGCAUUUUUAGAGCCCCUUUGGUAUAGAAUUAUUUUUAUUUACUAAUUCUUCUUAAGUCAAUUAUACCAAAUAUACAUCAAAAUGAAUCAACGUUUAAGAUUACAACAUUAUAAAAUCUCAGACUUUUUUGCAGAAGAAUCUACAAUUGAAGAACGUCAACGUUUACUACCAUUACAUAACACCACCAUAAUUAGACAUGAAAUUCAAAAUGAAGAAAGACAAGAAAAUGAAACUGAAUCUAAAACUAAAUGGAUAACUACAUUAGAAAUUUUAAUCAUAGCUUUUCUUGUGAUUCUUUCUAUCUCAAGUAUCGUCUUUCAUAUCAUGUAUAAAGAAGUUCCAAUUGGUAAAUCCAUCAGAGAAUUUUCAAUUAUUGUUAGUGGAGUAUUUUUAGUGCUUAGUUUUGAUAGAUUGGUAAAUGGUUUAGCAGAAUAUUUUGAAAUUGAUUUAUUAAAAGAAAAUCAACUUCUGAAAUCAGAUUAUAUUAUUUAUUCUUUAAUUGCUGUAUGUAGCAUCAUUGUGCUCUAUAUUUUAUUUCAUUAAAUGUGUUCAUCAAUCAUUGUUAAGAGAAGAAAAUAAAUUAUCCUGAAACACUUUUGGUCUAAUGUACAUGAUUUUCAUCAAGGAAUUACUAAUUACACUGAUUAAACUAUCGGUUGUUUCCGAAACUACC